AUGGCCCAACCGAACGGAGACAUAGCCCAUGACAGCAUGGAUGUUGACGGCGUGUCAACUGCUUUGGAGGAUCCAACCCUUAAGGUUCUUUCAGACCCACCCCGCACGCGAGCUGCCUCCCUUCCCGCCACUCUGCGGGAGAGCGCGUACCAGGUCGGGUAUGUGUACUCGAGCAAGAUGAUGACCCACAGCUGCAUUCGCAGCCACUGCGAGCAGCCGGAGCGCAUCUCGCGUAUUUUUGACAUUCUGAAGCAGAAUGGGUGCUUGUCCGAAAUGAAGCAGCUCCCGAUCCGACGCGUCUUACGGGAAGAAGUGCUCCUCGUCCACAGCCAGUCUUUGUGGGACAAAGUCCUUGCGUUGCACUCACUCACCGACCAGGACAUAGCGGAUUCCGAGGCAUACUACAAUGACCUCUCUCUCUAUGUGCAUCCUACCACGCCUUACGCAGCACAGUUGAGCGCGGGGGGCGUCAUCGAGGCAUCUCUCGCCGUGGCCCGCGGCGAGGUCAAGAAGGCGUUUGCUAUCGUCCGACCUCCAGGUCACCAUGCUGAGCCCGAUGAGCACAUGGGCUUCUGCUUCUUCAACAACGUCUCCAUCGCUGCGAAGGUUGUGCAACUCAGAACACCCAUAAAGAAGAUCCUGAUCCUUGACUGGGAUGUCCACCACGGUAACGGCACGCAGCGCGCCUUCAAUGAUGAUCCCUCCGUACUCUACAUCUCCCUGCACCGCUACGAAGGUGGGAACUUCUACCCCAACGGCCCCUUCGGGAGUAUGACCUCAUGUGGGGAGGGACGCGGUCUUGGCUACUCUGUCAACAUCCCUUGGCCGGAGCCGGGUAUGGGGGAUGCCGACUAUAUCCUGGCUUUCCAGAAAAUUGUUAUGCCCAUUGCUCUUGAGUUCAGCCCAGACCUUGUCAUGAUCUCCGCCGGCUUUGACGCAGCAGACGGCGAUGAUCUGGGCGAAUGUCACGUCUCGCCCGCAGGAUACGCGCAUAUGACCCACAUGUUGUGCUCUCUUGCCGGGGGCAAGGUCGUGGUUGCACUAGAGGGAGGCUACUGCCUAGAUGCCAUCGCCAACUCGGCAUUGGCGGUGACUCAGGUCAUCCUAGGUGGCAUGCCCCCUCAACUAGAACCUAUGAUCGCUUCCGAGGCCGCUACCGAGACCAUCUACCAAGUUGCAAUGGAACAGAGCAAGUACUGGAAGAACCUCGAUCCCAAAGCUUGUGAGCCCAUAGAAGAGCUCGAGCCCAUUGCCAUCUCCCUCCCAGAGAUGUUGAAGUCGCAUCGUCAAGACUAUCUGUUCAGGGUUCACAGAAUGGUGGAGGUGCCGCUCAUGAACCAGGCUCUCAUCGAACGCUUCAGCGCCCAGGUCGCGUGCACGCCUGAUAUAAUGGAGAACGAAACACUGAUUGUUUUCGUCCAUGAAUUCGGUAACCUUCGCAUAGAGCUGGAAUCUGCGAUGUACUGCGACGUCCGCCAAGAGCAUUCGUAUUUGGUUGAUUGUUCUAAAGAAUUGCUCACGUGGGCGAAGAAAGAGAACUAUGCGGUCUUGGACGUGAAUGUCUUUGGGAAGCCAUAUGCUAAGACGAAGCUGAAACAUACGGACGACUACGCCGGCGCAGUUAUGGUGUACCUUUGGGACAACUACAUCCAACUCACCGAUGCACGACAAGUGAUUCUCGUUGGGCACGGCCCGGGCUGCGCUGCGCUCAUGAGCUUGGUUCAACAACGCGCAACGGGUGUCAUGAAGUCUGUGCAGGGUGUCGCGCAAGUCGUUGGAAACCACAACGUCCCAGCCACCCCACGCGACAUGGAGGGACUCCGGCAGUGGUACUAUGAUAACUCCAUUGUUAUUGUGCCUUCAAACCACCGCAUAUUCCAAAACCCAAAGACGUUCAAGAAACAUGGCUCCAUAUUCCGCAUCGCUGAGGAGAAGCCAAUCAAGCUCAUCAUCAAGGCCAUGCCCGGCAUCCAGAGCUUCAUCAAGGAGAAGCUCGGUGCUGGGGCUCGCACAAACGGCGAAGCCAAACGCUAGUCUCCCGUUUUUUCACACCUGAACUCCAACACCUAGCAGGCUCCAAGGAAGCUAUCUAAGGGAGGAGUUGGUGCGUUCGAGAAGUAGCGGGGAGAGGAUACGCAUCGCCUAGUCCCAGUAUCGCAAGGCCUAACUCGCUGUUCCUUUCCGUGGCGUUCAUGACGACGUUUCUUCCAGUCGCGCUUUGUAUUGUCAUUGCUUUCGAGCUGUUGUCCUGUCGUAUUCGCACGUAUAUCCUUGUUCUUAUCCCAUAUUCCUGCG